CUAUCGGGGUUACGCACAGAACUCUCGUAGUUCCAAAAACACCCUGUGAAAGGUCCCCGGAUCUCUGGUAGAAAGUACUGCUGAGCAUAGAUCAGUUAGCUGCAGUUGCCGCCAUUUCAAGAUAGGAUAUGAUCGGUGGAAUGGUAUGACUGCGGUGUUGUUCAAAGCAAAGUAAUGUUGAGAAAUCCCGUUAAAAGGAUUAACACAACGGGGCCUACUCUGAGGGGAUUUUUUUGUAAAAGUUUUAGCUUCUUUAUGAAACAAUAGAAAUGCUUUGAUUUUAUUCAAAUAAAAAAAAAUUCAAAAAAACUAAGCAUAUUAAGAAUAUUAAGCAUGGAAGGUAUUUAUAAUUGACAUAUAAUUUUGUCAUGUCGAUUAUUGGUAUUAUUUGGAAGUAGGCAAAUUAAUAUUUUUACCAAUUUUUUUUUAUUUCGUUUAUUUCUUCGGUGCAUUGAAAAUACAAAUAAGAUCUAAGUUAAAAAACAAAAAUUUCCACAUUUUUGGUCAAUAAAAGAUCAAAAAACGAUUAAUUUCUCGAACAAACAUUAUUAAUAAAUAAAAUAAUAUUUUUAUGACCAAAAAUAGGGUGGGCGAUGAACCCCAAGCAUUCACCUUAUUUUGCUAUUUUAUAAGCUGGCUCUUGACAAAGCUCUUUACGUUCUCCAUAAAUUGGUGUUAUCCUAAUGAGGAUAUGGAAUUUUGCAGUAUAUUUUAUUUUUAGGGCAUCAAAAUUGUAUUUUACUCCAUAACUAUAAAUUAGUGUUAAAGUAUAAGAAUUCAGCGGAGCCAUCUAAGAGAAUAAAUUAAUGGAUAUUUCAAUGUAUGAAAUUUACAGAUUUCUAUGUUUUUAAAUUAUGAAGUUGACGUUUAAUUGGUUGCAUAUACUAUAGGGAAUUUUAAUACUGAUUUAAUUUGUCCACUUGUUGAUUCUUUUGUUACGCCCAACGACACAGGUGGCUUACUCAUUCAAUCUCCCACCUUCGACUUUUAUACCAUCGAGGUUGGUCGAUGGAUUCAUAUUUAUUGACAUAUUACAUUGUUUGUUAGAGGUUUUUAGUGCUUCGUGAGGGUAAAUUUGAAAAAAUUAAAAAAUAUGCAACGGUAGUAUCCACUAUGUGUAUAAAACAAAGUGUAUUAUUGAAAAUGAUUGGAAAAACAAUUAUAUUAUUAAUUUGUUUACUAACUGUGGGUGUGUCGGGGCAAUAUGAAUGGCAAGCUAGGGAUCCUUUCGACGAAAUAACAAGAAAUAUGCAAAGGGUGACUAAAGAUAAUUGUGAAAUUCAACAUGUGGGUGAUCUGUAUUUACCACCUGACGCUGUUUCUCAUCUUCCGGAUAUUAAAGACAUUAACAUCAAUCCCGUUUUCCCCAAUAGGACUUUACUGCUCCACUUACACAAUACAGCGAUGAAUAGGGCAUUUUUUUGGUCGUAUAUCUUACAGAGCAGAUUUAUUAGACCAGCUAUUAACGAUACUUACGAUCCUGGUAUGAUGUAUUAUUUUUUGUCAACAGUAGCCGACGUUUCUACCAAUAAACAUAUCAACGCCAGUGCUAUUUAUUUUUCGCCGAAUAUGUCCUAUUCCAGUUCUUACAGAGGCUUUUUUAACAAAACAUUUCCCAGAUUUGCACCAAGGACCUUUAGAGCCGACGACUUCAACGAUCCAAUUCACUUAGAACGUAUAUCCACGUUAAAUACCUUUACUGUACAAGAUUUAGGUGCAAUUAAACCAGAUACCAGCAACGAUUAUACUUCGGAUUAUUACCGAAUCAACGAAUGGUAUAAAAAAUGGUUACCUGACAAUGUGGCAGAACGACACGAUACAAAAACUACUUAUCAAGUGGAGAUUCGAUAUGCUAAUAAUACAAACGAAACGUUCACUUUUCACGGACCACCUGGAGCUGAUGAAAUACCGGGUCCCGUGAAAUGGACGAGACCAUAUUUUGAUUGUGGUCGAUCAAAUAGAUGGUUGGUAGCGGCUGUUGUUCCCAUAGCAGAUAUUUAUCCCAGACAUACUGGAUAUAGACAUAUAGAAUAUCCCACAUACACAGCUGUAUCUGUGGUGGAAAUGGAAUUAGAAAGAAUAGACAUUAAUCAAUGUCCAAUUGGUAUGGGGAAUAAUGGUCCAAAUAUGUUCGCGGAUACUGCUAGGUGUAAAAAAGAAACUACGGAGUGCGAACCAAUACAUGGAUGGGGUUUCCGUCGAGGGGGCUACCAGUGCCGUUGUAGACCGGGUUAUAGAUUACCGAUGCAAACAAGAAGACCUUUUUUGGGUGAAAUCAUAGAACGAGCAACAUCCGAACAAUAUUACAACGGAUUUGAUUGUCAAAAAAUUGGAUGGAUUCAAAAGUUACCAGUCCAAUGGGAAAAAUCAGAUCCGUAUUUGAGAGAAGUCGUUAUGGAUAAAUAUCCCGAAUAUCGGCAAAAAGUUACUGGUCCUGCUAGUUUGAGUCAACCUGUAAUGAAUAUUCAUAGCGUGUUGGAUUAUAUUCUGGGUAUGAAUAAAGAUAACUGCAAAAAUUACAAACCGGAAGAUCUGUACCUUUACGGAGGUAUAAUGCAUGGAGCCGAAGAGUUUUUUGAAAACGAAGCCAAGAUGGCACUAAGACUUGCUAAUUUUAUAAGCUCUUUCUUACAAGUAUCCGAUCCCAAAGAAGUCUAUUCGGGUAAAAGAGUGGCCGAUAAAGAUUUGACUGAAGAUCAAAUGAUAGGAGAAACGUUGGCUUUGGUAUUGGGUAAUAGUAGAAUUUGGUCUGCCGGUACAUACUGGGAAAGAAACAAAUUCCCCAAUCGUACCCUUUUUGCUCCUUACGCCUACAAAAAAAUAUUGAACACCAGAAAAUUCAAUCUAGAAGAUUUGGCGCGACUCGAUAAACCCUCAGAGGUUUACACCAACGUGCAGUGGUUUAAAGACCUGAAAUAUCGUUGGGCUUCUAAUUUCGAUACUUUAGAAAAAUUCUGGUUGAAAAUUAGAAUUAGAUUUAACGAAACUGGCGAAAAUACAAUCAAAUUCGAACAUUUCCCAACUCACUACUAUGGCGCUAGAUUGGAACAUGGUCAUUGGCUACAACCACAUUAUGAUUGUUACGGUAAAGUACCCAUGUGGAAAGUUGGUUAUGUAGCACCUUUCUUUGGAUGGGACAGUCUCAAAGCUAAUCUGGAAUUCAAGGGUGCAGUUGGUGUUUCCAUGGAUUUAUUAAAACUUGACAUCAACCAAUGUCCAGAUAUAUCUUCGAAUGCUUUCGAAAAUACGCAGAAAUGUGAUUACAAAACAUCUUAUUGUGUACCAAUCUUAGGAAGAGGAUUCGAAACUGGAGGAUAUAAAUGUGAAUGUAAACAAGGCUUUGAAUAUCCUUUUGAAGAUCCCAUUACCUACUACGACGGGCAACUAAUAGAAGCAGAAUUCACAAAUCUUGUCGAUAAUAAUUUAACACGUUUCAAUAUGUUUAAAUGCCGUUUGGCGGGGGCUAGUAGUCUACAAGUAAGCCUAUUUACGCUGGUCAUUUUAUUGUUAAUAUCCCUGUAUUAUCAAAGGAUUAGAUAAAAAAUUUAAAUAAUAAUUAGUUAUCAAAAUGGUACUAUUUUAAACAACAAAUUAACAAUUAUUUUUCAAUAAUUAAUAAAAUUAUUUAAUUACUUUUUUCAGUGUAAAUUACAGAUUGUUUGGUAAGUCGUUUUGGCUUUUCUAUUCCACGAAAAAUAUUUUGUACAUGACUUUGCUUCUCAUUAUUCUGCCUCCAAAAUAUGUAAACUCCUCACAAAGGAGACUAUUUGUUGGGACGUACUAUUUAUUCGUACUUACUAAGCUUUUUUCUAAAAUCAUCAGGACAUUUGCAUUGUACUUGCUCUGCCAUAUCUAUGGGUUCCUUGUAUAAUCAACAUCCAUAUCACCUUAACAUGAUAUUAGGCAAGUGACUCACCUGUCAAAAGAUCAACUACUAAUUUAAUGUCGUUUCUGGACAUCAGGAGAUGUUCCUCAAACUUGAUAUGAUUAUGAAUAUUUUGGAUUGUUCUGCCCCAAAAAUACAUAAACUCCUCAUAUAGAAGCUUAUUUUUUGGAGGCACUACAUAUUAGUGCCAGUGGUUACUAAGCCUUUUUCUGAAAUGAUCAGAACAUGCGGAGUAAUCGCUCUGCCUUCUCUUUCCUUGCAGAAUCAGACUUUGCCAUCCAUAUUAUCGUGACAUGAGAUUUGACGGCACUGUUACCUGUCAGAAGACUGUAGAGACUUGUCCCAAGACCAACUACCGAUUUUAAUGUCAUUUCUGGACAUCAAGAGAUGUUUCUCAAACUUCUCCACUGAUAUAGUUAUGAAUCUUUUUAGGCCUGCAGUGUUUCUUCAAAAGACUUCAUUUAAUCCUUUAGCCAUCCGUUUAGUGAUAUCUCAAGAAACCACAUUAAGGCUUUGAUUCAAAAUAUGGAGUCAUUACCUUUUUUUUUGGCAAGAUGGUCUGCUUCGCAGAUUAACUUUGACGUUUACUUAAUUGCAUUCAAGGUUGCUUGGCUCUAAGAGAGAAUUUAAAUGUGUUUUCUUCCAGAAUCAGCUGUUUACACUAGUUUUGAAGUAUCUGUAUACCAUAUAGAUGCAUUAAGAGCUUGAGGAAGAUCUUUAUUGACUCAUGAUUGACAGUCAUCGAUUAUCACUUCAUGACAUGAAAUGUCUAUGCAUUUGGUUCAUCGAUUUGUCAUUUAGCUAUUUUUCUCAGUAUACUAAAUAUUAUAUUUUGUUAAAUGUAAAAUUUAUUUCAACUUUAAGAAAUUAUUAAAAUUGUUUAUUGUUAUUUAGAAUUAAAUAGAAAAAUACCAUUUUGAUAAUAUAAUGUAUAUUAGAUCUGAAACAAGAGGCCUUCUCAUGGAUAUUGUGCCUUUAAUCAUUUAAUUUUAAGGAAAUAUUAUUGAUGGUCAACAUUUAAACCGUCCAUAAUUUAAUUUUGUUGUUUUAUUAUUGUUUAAAUCAUUUCUGUGAGAAAUGGUAUAAUCACGACACAAGUCAAUUAUUAAAUAAUGAAAAUCAAAUUUAUAAAAUUAAGACUGAUAACAGACCAAGGCGAAAUUUUAAAUGACCAUUACUUGAAAUGAUACAUAUACUUGACAAACCCGGUAUAUUUGAUGAAUAACAUCAGGAUAUAAUCAAAUUUUAUCAAUUGGAUCAUUUACUUAUUAAAAACUAAGAAAAUAUCUCAGACUAAGAUAUUCUAAAAUGAAGAAAUCCAAUAGGUUUAGAUCUGUCGCAUUUGAACUUCAAAUUAGAAGUAGAAAUGUAGUAUAAAGUAGUAUAUGAAAAUAGUAAUAAUGGAUGGAGGGAGCAGAAAGUUUAAUAUUAUAAUAAAAAAUUGUUUG